AUGGCGGGGGCUCUGGUGUUGAUGAUCCUAAACAGACUCCAGAUGUUGAAGGAGGGUAGAGGACAAGAGUGCAAGAGGCCUGACAGAAAGACGGAGCAAGCAGGAGAAACUCAGGAGGAGACUCUGCCGGCCCCUCAGGACCCCACAGGGGACGUGACUAACCACUGGGUCACAUCCGUCUCCUUCUUUCAACAUAAAGUCAUUCCUCUCUUUCCUCCUCUCCUCGAUACGUGUCAAAGCCUUCCUGGCAGCAGCAUUCCUCAGGUCCAGCCUCCUCCAUCUUAUCAAUAUCAUAACUUCUAA